AUGGCGAUUCGAAAUUUGAAUCGUAUUGAAAGACAUUCCUUAGAUGACAAGGACAACUUCAAGAUCUGUUGUUGGUCUUGGGAAACAGUCUUUCUCAACAUUAUUCUCUUGCUCUUGACAUUUGGAAUUAUGCUAACUGGCUACGAACCAAGCAAAAACAGUAUCAUUGAAGAGGCAACACUUCUUACUUUGAAAUCUGCAAUGAUCAUUUUUGCUCUUAAGUUCUACGCAUUCGCAUUCUACUUGUUAAGCACAUGGAAGACACGCCAACUACUUGAAGAACUCGAUGAUGGACUCGGAGAUGACACACAACCCGUGAACUACUGCGUCAUAAUAACCCUUCUCGUCUUCACAGCUCUUCUAGGAAUAUACUGUCUUCAUGAUGCCAACGUGAUUUCCUUGAAAUCGGCAUUCACCAACUUCAUAAAACUAAUUACAGAGUCUUGUGCGGAAAAUUAUUUGACGGGUGCAUUCUUCUUCAUCAUUCUUCUACCAUUCCCAUUGGGCGUCUGCGCAACCAUCAAAGUACCUACCACUGCUUUUAUCAUGGCCGAAGACCCGGACCCAAUGGCCAAUACCCCGGACCCAAUAGCCGAUACCCCGGACAUAAUGGCCGAUACCCCGGUCCCAAUAGCCGAUACCCCGGACCCAAUGGCCGAUACCCCGGACCAAAUGGCCGAUACCCCGGACCAGUUGAAUGGGCAUCGCAGCAAGUAUCAAAAAAUUGCGCAAGUUGUAAUGAUGGGCUUGGAUUUGAUUUGUGGUGUGAUCCUCGCAUUUCCAAAUCUCGAAUUCUCGGUUAAGAUUAAUUCCACACUCGAACAGAUCUGCAAUGCCGUUUCCUCCUAUUUGCCGGGCGAUCGCAAUGUUAUUCGAUUCGGAAUCCCGAUUAUUGCCUUCAUCUAUCUUGUUUGCUUGAAGAAAUUUUGA